AUGGGGAAUAACGCGUUGCACUUGGCUUCAGAUUCGCACAACGACAAUCGGGACAUACUUAAUUUAUUGAUUGAGAACGGCAUUAACGUAAAUCUACGAAAUCAAAAUGGUGCUACUGCCUUACAUCUUGCAUGUCGAAAAGGUGUUUAUGAAAAUGCAAAAUUAUUGUUAGAUAUCGGAGCUUUUAUUAACACUACGGAUAAAGACGACAAAAACACCUUGCAUUAUGCAUCAGAAUCACAGAAAGACAACCGAAAAGUAAUAAAAUUAUUGACUGAGCAUGGCAUCGAUAUAGAUUUACAAAAUCAUUAUAGAGCGACCGCUUUACAACUUGCAUGUCGACAGGGUGUUUAUGAAAAUGUAGAAACGUUGUUAGAUUCUGGUGCUUUAAUGAAAAUUCUGGAUCAAAACAACAAAAACGCUUUGCAUUAUGCCUUAUGUUCGAGAAGAGAUACUAGAAUGAUAAUAAAAUUACUUAUAGACAACGGCAUCGACAUGCAUGUUCAAAAUAAAAUCAAAACCACGAUUUUUAAUACAGUAGCACGGAAUUAA